CUCAUUAUUUAUAAUUCAGUGGUGACCCUGAGCAGGAUAAAGCAGUCACUGUAGAUGAAUGAAUGAAUGAAUGAAUGGUGACUUCCAAGAAAAAGAAAGUUAAGCCCCAUCACGUUUAAAGAAACAACACCAUAGGCGUCUUUAGACAUAUUAAAUCCCGCCCUCCAUACACACACCCCGUCAUUAGAUCACUAUAAAAAGCAGGCUUCUGCCCAGAACUUACUUACAUUUGAACACCAUCUGCUUGAUCUUCACACCUCAACUUCUACAGAAACACCAACGAUGAAGUCUCAGGUCACACUCCUGCUCAUCUGCAUGCUUUUCUCAAGAGCACUGUCACUGAGUUGUCAAGUGUGUUCAUCAACAUCUGCACCAUGUCCCAAUGCACCAACUAACAUAUGUCCAGAUCAGUGUCUCACUACAACCUUUUCUGUGAACAUUAGUGGUACAACACUGACAAAUUGGUAUUUAAAGAGUUGCAGCGUGAAAGAACUGUGUGGAAGCGGAAGCCUGAACCUGGGAGUGGUGAAAGCGACUAACAACGGCCAAUGCUGCAGCACUGACCUCUGUAACACUGAAACUCCGUCAGUUAUUCCUAAGAAGGAUCCCAAUGGGAGAAUGUGUUACACCUGUGAUGCUAACAGCUGCUCAGAAAAAUUGAGCUGUACAGGAAAUGAAGAUCGCUGCAUCACUGGAUCAAUUCAACCAUACGGCAAUACCGUGCCUCUGAAAGGAUGUGUGUCCCAGAACCUCUGUACUGAGUCUAGUUCAGUAACCCUGCUAGGAAUCACUUUUUCAGAUGUGAAGUGUUGUGAGGGGUAUCUGUGUAACGGUGCUGAGACCUUCACACUGAGUUUCCUCCUCAUGCUCGUCCCUCUGCUCUCCUCUGUCCUCUUCUACUGAGCUCAGAGCUAACAAAGCUCCUUUAAAGUUUUAUAUAAUGCAAAUGUUUUAAUGGAAGUAUAAGGGUAAUAGAAAUACAAGUUUAUUUUUGGUUGUUAAGAUUUUGUUCAUUUGUCUUAGUGCUACCUGAGUUAUAGAUUACACUUCUGUUUGUAGAUCAAUUAUGAAAUCAAAAAGUCUUUAAACUUUAAGCAGCAACAUCCACAUAAAUGGUCUAACAAGUAGGAAAUGGAAUAUUUCUAACUCAGUACUAUAAAUUGUAUUCUAUUUUUCUUUAGCAAAAGCUUUAUUGUAAGAUAACCAAACUGCUUUGUGGUGUACAUGCUUAUUAAAUAUAUGUAAUAAAAGAACACGCAUAUA